UUAAACUUGGUUGACAUGCAAAAUACAAUUGCCAUGGGAAAGCAGAAGACAAACAGAUCAUCAGUACAUUGUAGUCCAGCUGUAGAGGCAGCAAAAUCUGUAAAGCGGGGGAAGACAAAGCGUACCAAGAAGUAUGCUGAGGUAAAGAGAGUGCUCAGCUUGAAAGAUACACGAAUAAAAGCUAUAGAUCGAGAUACAAGAAAAAAGGCGAAACACAAAAAGAAAAAUCCACUGAAUAUGUCAGAGAGGCAUCUGCCGCAGGUGUCGUCCGCCAUGUAUUUCAAGUACAACACACAGCUGGGCCCUCCCUACCAUGUGCUCAUUGACACCAACUUUAUCAACUUCUCCAUCAAGAACAAGAUUGACAUCAUACAGGGCAUGAUGGACUGCCUCUAUGCAAAAUGUAUUCCAUAUAUUACUGACUGUGUAAUGGCGGAAUUGGAGAAGCUAGGUUCAAAAUACCAAGUUGCAAGGAGAAUAGCCAAGGAUGAGAGGUUUAUGAGGUUGCCGUGUCUACACAAAGGAACAUAUGCGGAUGACUGCAUUGUUCAACGUGUAACUCAGCACAAGUGUUACAUAGCUGCCACCUGUGAUAAGGACCUCAAGAGACGCAUACGGAAGGUGCCAGGUGUACCCAUCAUGUACUUACAGCAACACAGAUACUCGAUUGAACGGAUGCCAGAUGCAUAUGGCGCCCCUAAGACUUGAUAUGGCGACUGAUUCAGGAGUCUAGGGGACUUGAUGAGAGCAGUAACUCGAGGGGCCUUCCAUAACUUGUCGUUGUUGGCUUGGUGGUAGGCACACGGCAGAUCCGUUCGUUUAUAGGCUGUAGUAAUGUCGUCUCGGCAGCAUCUGUGUCAAUUUUAUUUUACAGAGUAAAAUUUACAUUGCAUUUUCAGGAAAAAACUAUCGAUAUUCUUUUUUUCGCAUAAUGUUAUUCAUGAAGUCUAAAAACGUAAUGCAAUUCUAUUGACACGCGCGUGAGCAUAAUUUUUUUUCGUUGCCGUUAUCAUGACCAUCUAAUAAAUAGCCACGGCCGUUAUCAUGAGGCGUUUUUCAAAACCUACUCGAAUUUAAUUGUUGAUAAAAAUGUUGUUUGUUUAUGUGGGGUGCUAUAAUUUGGAAUUACCGAAAAAAAAAGACUAACGAUACCAAUACAAUGUUGUUCAUGUUUAUCUUUGGUCUAAAUCCUGUGUAAUUAGAGUUUUACUGAGAAAGUGGUAACUUUUUUCGAUUUUUAGCGAGACUGUUUUCGGAGAAAACCUGAGCUAUUGUCAUAGCCAGCUCGUCCGCCAUCCGCUGUAGGCGUCGUGCUAAAACCUUAACAUUGGCUCUAAAAUCAAAGUGCUUCCACCUACAACUUUGAAACUUCAUAUGUAGAUGCACCUUGAUGAGUUCUACACGCCACACCCAUUUUUGGGUCACUAGGUCAAAUGUCAAGGUCACUGUGACCUCUAAUAUCAAACUUUAACAUAGGCUCUAAAAUCAAAGUGCUUCCACCUACAACUUUGAAACUUCAUAUGUAGUUGCACCUUGAUGAGUUCUACAUGCCACACCCAUUUUUGGGUCAUUAGGUCUAAGGUCAAGGUCACUGUGACCUCUAAUAUAAAACUUUAACAAAAACCUUAACAUUGCCUCUAAAAUCAAAGUGCUUUCACCUACAACUUUGAAACUUCAUAUGUAGAUGCACCUUGAUGAGUUCUACACACCACACCCAUUUUUGGAUCACUAGGUCAAAGGUCAAGGUCACUGUGACCUCUAAUAUCAAACUUUAACAUAGGCUCUAAAAUCAAAGUGCUUCCACCUACAACUUUUAAACUUCAUAUGUAGUUGCACCUUGAUGAGUUCUACAUGCCACACCCAUUUUUGGGUCACUAGGUAAAAGGUCAAGGUCACUGUGACCUCUAAUAUAAAAUUUUAACAAAAACCUUAACAUUGCCUCUAAAAUCAAAGUGCUUCCACCUACAACUUUGAAACUUCAUAUGUAGAUGCACCUUGAUGAGUUCUACACGCUACACCCAUUUUGGGUCACUAGGUCAAAGGUCAAGGUCACUGUGACCUCUAAAAAAAAAAAAAAAAAAUUCUGACAAGCUUUCGCAGCCGAGCGUGGCACCCGUUAUGCGGUGCUCUUGUUGAUCACAUUCUAACGGAUUUCUUGAAAAGUAAGCUGCUAGGAAGUCCUUCUUACGCUCUUAAUGAACACACUUUAACCUGCUCAAUCCAAUUCUUGAAAUAUAAAGCAUAGGGAAAUACACUCCAUGUUCCACAUAUAUACAGUAUCUCAGUCGUCACAUGAUCCAAAAGCCGCUGGAGGCGAUUGAACGGUGUGAAUGGUGCUGGUAGAUUGAUUGGAGUCAGUUGUUGAAAAGAGCAAUGUUGUCGUUGAGAUCGUUGUCGUUUUCGGCUCUACUGGCCAGAGGCCAGCGGGGCUUAUGUCAUGGUCCUGUGUCCGUCGUGCGUCGAUGCGUUAACUUUUUCUUUAAACAUCUUCUUCUCCUAAAGUCCAAUUUUGAUAAAACUUCUCACAAAUAUUCCUGGGGUGAACCUCUUUCAAAUUUGUUCAAAUUAUGCUUCUGGGGUUAAAUUUGACCCCGCCCCGGGGGUCAAUAGAUUGCUUAUGUAAAGCCUAUUUUGUGCAAACUUUAAAAAUCUUUUUGUCCAUAACCAUAGGGCCUAGGGCUACCAAAUUCGGUAUGUAGUGACAUCUAAUAGUUCUCUACUUAGUUUGUACAAAUUAUGCCCCUGGGGUAAAAUUUGACCCUGCCCCGGGGGUCACAAAAAUGAACAUACGCUUAAAUAAGGCCUAUUUUGUGCAAAGUUUAAAAAUCUUGUUGUCCAUAACAGUAUGGCAUAGGGCUACCAAAUAUGUAGUGACAUCUAAUAGUUUUUCUACCAAAUUUGUUCAAAUUAUGCCCCUGGGGUCAAAUUUGACCCUGCCCCGGGGGUCACAAAAAUGAACAUGUGCUAAAGCCUAUUUUGUGCAAACUUUAAAAAUCUUCUGUCCAUAACCGUAGGGCCUAGGGCUACCAAAUUUGGUAUGUAGUGACAUCUAAUAGUUCUCUACUUAGUUUGUUCAAAUUAUGCCCCUGGGGUCAAAUUUGACCCUGCCCCAGGGGUCACAAAAAUGAACAUACGCUUAAAUAAGGCCUAUUUUGUGCAAAGUUUAAACAUCUUGUUGUCCAUAACAGUAUGGCAUAGGGCUACCAAAUUUGGUAUGUAGUGACAUCUAAUAGUCCUCUACCAAGUUUGUUCAAAUUAAGCCCCUGGGAUCAAAUUUUACUGUUCCCCAGGGGUCACAAAAUUGAACAUAUGCUUAUAUUGGGCCUAUUUUGUGCAAACUUUAAAAAUCUUUCUGUCCAUAACCAUUGGGCCUAUUUCUACAAAAUUUGGUAUGUAUUAAAAUCUUAAAGUUCUCUACCAAGUUUUUUCAAAUUAUGCCCCUGGGGUCAUAUUUGACCCUGCCCCGGGGUCACAAAAUGAACAUAUGCUUAAAUAAGGCCUAUUUUGUGCAAACUUUAAAAAUCUUCUUGUUCAUAAUUAUAGAGCCUAGGGCUACUAAAUUUGGUAUGUAGUGACAUCUAAUAGUCCUCUACCAAAUUUGUUCAAAUUAUUCCCCUGGGCUUAAAUUUGACCCUGCCCCGGGGGUCACAAAACUGAACAUAUGCUUAUAAUUAUAAAGCCUCUUUUGUGCAAACUUUAAAAAUCUUCCUGUCCAUAACCAUUGGGCCUAGGGCUACCAAAUUUGGUAUGUAGUGACAUCUUAUAGUUCUCUACCAAGUUUGUUCAAAUUAUGCCCCUGGGGCCAAAUUUAUUCCUUAAAGGCUCCCAUUAAAAAGUUGUUCAAGAAAAUUUGAUUCGUCAAAAAACAUGGCCACAGGAAAGCGUUGAACUUUGCAUGUUUAUGCGUUUUUGCUAUUUAUUCAUUAUGGGAUGAAUAAACUAUUUUCUUCUCAAACUAAAAGUUUAUCAAAAUACACUUGGAAUAACUUUUUAAUUAUAAGAGAUAAAUGCAUACAUUUCGAGCGUGAUAGGUAGACCAACCAUGUUAACUAUCCAUAAAUGUUAACCCUUUACCAAACGACACAUUUUGGACUGCCCCAAAUUGAAAGAGAUUGCAGACGAGAAAUAAUAUUGUAAAGGACUAUUUAUAAAUUGGCUGGGUGGGGUAGAAAUCAUUGUGAUAAAAGGAGAAAUUGCUCAUCAUGAGCAAUUUCUCCUUUUUGAAACCGGAAGUCCUGUUUUCAAAACGAAAACAAACUCUUCAGAAGGAAAGAGAAAGUCACAUGCUUGAGUACAUUUCAACCCAUGCGCUUAAAAAAACAGUGGAGCGAUACAGGGCCAUCAUGACCCUCUUGUUUUAUUUAACUACAUGUAUACUUGUCAACCAAAAUGUAUAUUAAUAAAUAUAUAAAACACAAA